UUCCACUCCCAUCUGAAGUGUUCUUUUUGCUAGUCUGUGUGCUUCAAUAUUUUCAGACCUUGAGUUGAAGUAAAAUCUGACUUUUUGGAAGAAAUCUUUUAAGCUUUGAAUAUCGCUGAUAAUUGCUCCUAUUUCUGAUCUGUCCCGGUUUCCACUUUGACAUUUUGUUAUCACUGUUUUUGAAUCUCCUAUUAUAUCCAAAGUAUAAUAUCUCAACUGGAUCCCUAACUUUGUUGCUUGAAAUCCUGCAUAUGCUUCCGCCGCAAACGGAGAUGCAACAUUGUCAUGAAGGAUCGAUUUUGCUCCAACGAUUCUGCCCGCCUCAUUUUUAACAAUAAGGCCUGACGCAGAUAUGUGGUUUUGUGAAUCAAACGCCGCAUCGAAAAAGAUGGCCUUAUUCGCCCUUUGUAUCCUCUGUCUAGGCCUUGUACUGGUUGCCAAAAUUCCCCAUAGCCCGCAACAAAAUCCCAUGCACUGUUCAUUUGUCCCUUUGCUGAAUACCCAGAUAAGCCAACUCCAUAUAUCACCAUGAUUGUCAUUAAGUACCCAAGAAAAGUUCAAAUGACUCCAUAUUUCUUUUGCUAUAGGACACCUUUGGAAGACGUGGAUGCUAUCUUCUUCGUCCUGGCUACAUCUCAAACAACGGACCUCAGUCAUUACUCUUCUCGAUUUUAGAUUAGAGAAGGUGGAUAUGUAAUUCCACGUGAUUCUCCAUACUGUAAUUUUGAUUUUUUUGAGGGCAACUAUAGAUUCCAUAAUUUCUUGUAGAAAUUUUUUGUAUCAGUCUGUAAAUAAUCAUUAGGCUCUAAUGUUGACUCCUGUAAUAGUUUAUAAGCGCUUCUAACUGAAAAGAAUCCAGUAGCCUCCCCUCUCCAUACUUGGAUGUCUUCUUCGGCAGUCUUUGAAAGCGGAAUCCGCAGAAUCUUCCUUGCGAUAUCCGUAUUAAAGUUGCUCCCGAAACCCAGCAAUCAUUUCAUACGGAGAUAUGGUCCCCUACACCUACCCUCCAGCAUAAUCCGUCCAUCAGAAGUUUUUUUGUUGACCAAAUGCUCCUCCAAGUAAGUGAAGAUUAAAUAUUGAAUAUGGAUGCUAAGUUUUUUGUAUGCGUUUAUUUCGACGGAGUCAUCUUGACAACAAGUGUUGGAAGUGUAUUUGAAUGUCAGCAACAAAUAGCAAUGAGAUUUAAUAGAAAUGUCUCGUUUGAUGAAAUGAAGGCAAUGAUUAAUGUAAAAAUUUUAAGACGUUGUGGGAGAAAGAUAGUAAAAAUUGUCUACAAGCUUCCAGUUUCGACAAAUCUAGUCAAAUUCGUCGAAAUGGAACUUGCAGACGACAAAGACGUUGAGACAAUGGUCGAUCUCUACUGUGGGAAUGAGAGUGACAAGAAUGCACCGAUUCACUUAUUUGCUGAGUUAGCCGGUAUGGAGCAAAAUGAAGAUGUCAAUGCAUCUGAUGAAGAACACGGAGCUCAAGAACCGUGGAUGGUGGCUCCAAUAUCAUACGUUGAUAGUGAAUCGACUAUGGGUGGGAUGGGUAUCGACCUGAAUAUUACACCCGAUGUUGAUAUGGUUGGUGGUGAAGAAGAAUGUGGUUGCGAAGAAGAAGCUGGCGAUCAUUGGGAUGAAGAGGUCGAUAGUGACGGUGAUCCCGAUGUGGACGAUGUACCUGAUGAUAUCGACGAUGAAGACAUUAACGCUUCUUCGAUCGGGGAGCAAAUGGGCAUAUUUUGAUACACAAUAAUCUUGGGCCACACAUGUCGCUCAUAGACCCCGACGCAGCGUAUGUAGCUGAGUUCCCAGAGUACCCUGAAAUAGUUCAUCGUCACGGGCUGGCCGUAACAUCUGAUGGUGAGGAGUUAUUCAUAGGCCAGAGAUUCAGCUGUAAAGAAGAGUGCGUAUAUGCCAUCAAACGGUACAGCAUGAAUAUAUCGGUUGAUUAUAAAGUCGCAGUGUCUACUACGACAAUAUAUGUUGGGGAGUGUUGGAAGGCAGCGGAAGGCUGCAAUUGGCGGGUACGAGCUGCAUUCAUUAAAAGUUCUCAGAUGUGGGAGAUACGAAAAUUUGUUGGUCCUCAUACAUGCACAUCAACACGUAUGACAGAAGAUCAUGGAAAACUUGAUUCGAAUUGAUGAUCUGUUUGACCAGUUGAAGGAUGCUACUGUAUUUUCAAAUAUUGAUCUCCGAUCGGGCUACUAUCAAUUACGGGUAAAGGAGUCAGAUGUACCGAAGACAACUUUCAGAACCAGGUAUGGGCAUUAUGAGUUUCUUGUUAUGUCGUUUGGGCUGACUAAUGCACCUGCAGUAUUUAUGGACUUGAUGAAUCGGAUAUUCAGACCGUACUUAGACAGGUUCGUGGUAGUUUUUAUUGAUGAUAUCUUGGUCUAUUCUCGAGACGAAAAUGAGCAUGCAAAACAUUUGAGAAUUGUGUUGCAAAUUCUGCGAGAAAAGCAGCUAUAUGCUAAAUUCAGUAAAUGUGAAUUUUGGCUUUGAGAAGUGACUUUUCUUGGACAUAUUGUAUCCGUGGAAGGUAUCAGGGUAGAUCCAAGUAAAAUCUCAGCUAUUAUCAAAUGGAGUCUACCGAAAAAUGUAUCUGAAGUUAGAAGUUUCUUGGGUUUAGCUGGUUAUUAUCGGAGAUUUGUACAAGGGUUUUCUAUGAUAGCUUCUCCGAUGACCCGUUUAUUACAGAAAGAUGUUAAAUUCGAGUGGACUGAUGAAUGCCAACAGAG